AUGGCCUUCGCUACCAAGAGGUUGCAGAAGGAACUUGUCAAGAUUCACCAUGGCCUCCCGCCAGGCAUCGAGCUAGUUUCAUCCGACAACCUCGAGGAGUGGCAUCUUGAUAUUCGGGUUCUCGACCAGAACCCGUUGUAUCUAAACCAGAUAUACAGACUGAAGUUCAAGUUCAGCUCGUCAUACCCGAUUGAGCCGCCCGAAGUCGUGUUUGUGAAGCUGCCCGACCGUCCAAUCCCUAUGCACCCCCACAUCUACUCCAACGGCAUCAUCUGCCUGGAUCUUCUCGGCCAACAAGGAUGGAGUCCAGUGCAGAACGUUGAGAGUGUCUGCAUGAGCAUCCAGAGCAUGCUGACCGGCAAUUCCAAGAACGAGCGGCCCCCCGGCGACGAAGAGUUCGUGCGCGGUAACCGGCAACGACCCAGAGACAUCGACUUCUACUAUCACGAUAACACCGUCUGA